AUGAUCCCGGCUCCGCGCUUGCGCGAGGAAUAUGCAACUAGAAAAACAUUUACAACUUUAUUCCUAGCUGAGACAAGACGUUACUUACGCAGCUCCAGAGUUGGUGGUGGUCGAGAUCCGGCGUCGACGGGAUCUCUUCCUCCUCGUGCAAUAACGAUGAUGAUGAUGAAGAUUCCGAGCGGUGUUGUUGCUUCAGUCAUUGCCUUCUCCACCGCUGCUCUCUCUUCUUCUUCCUCUGCUAUUCCUGCGGUCUCCUCACAGGGGUGGGAAUCGAGGGGGUCGGAGAAACUGGAGCCGAGGUUUGAUGGGUUGAGUCGCGACAAAGAGCACGAAACCAACAGAGCUGAGCACGGCGACGUAGUAAACAACUUGGAUAGUGCUCUCAAUGUGGAUUGGACUUUGAUUCCGGUGGAGAGGAGCUGCAACAGCGAACUCAGACUCGCGCGAUGGAUUGCGGUGGAGGGAACUCGGAGAGACGGCGAUUCAGAGCUUCUCGAUGGUUGCCACAGCGGUGUUCGUGUUACAGUGGAGAACACUCCCAACGAGAGUAGAUCAUGGAGUGGUCCAAAUCGAGCUCAGCCGCGGGUUGAAGUGAGCAGAUGGUCACGAUUCAAGAGAGGGCGUGACAACUUUGUGAUUUCCUAUUCUCUUCCUUUUCUGAAUUCUUAUUCUCUCUCUGGAUAUUAUAAUCCCAAAAUGAACCGAUGA